AUGGCAAAGCAAAAGAUUGUGGUGAAGGUCACAAUGAACAACGAAAAGAAAAUCCGUAAGGCUCUGAAAAUCGCAGUUAGUCUCUCCGGAGUCGAAUCAGCAUCUUUCGUGGGAUCAGAUAAAACCCAAAUCGCUGUGACUGGGGAACAUGUCGACUCAGUUGAACUGGCGACCUUGCUAAGGAAAGGUGUUGGAUACACAGAGCUACUGAGUGUUGGUCCGGUGGAGGAGAAGAAACCAGCCGCCGCAAAGGAAACAAAUCCCACGGUGGCGCCACUAGAUUUUACAGUUAAUCCAUACCAAUAUUACUACGGCAGCUAUGGGAUGCCCUACUAUGCAUAUUAGAUUUAGAUCUUAUUUAGUGAAAAAGAGUGAAAGAAAUUAGUUUUAUAUUGAUGCAUAACUAGCUUCAUUUAAACUUUUUUUUUUUUUUUUGGGAGUUUUGCAUUCCAUGAAAUAAGAGACCCUUGAUGUACAUAUUAUCUUUGUGAUAUAUGGG